UAUUUUUUAGGGGGAAAGCGCUUGCUUGAUUAUUUAAGAUCAAGCGUCUGUUGUACAAGAUGGCAGUCCUUAGCAGAAUGUCAAUGAUUUCUCAUGUUUUUCUAAGGAAAUCACCCAGGUUCUCACAACUUACUAUACAGAGGCAGUCUGUAAGAAACUUUAGAACCAAAAAAAAGUCAGAAACUAAAAUAGAAACGGAAUCUCCAAAAAAGGAUCAAUAUUAUGAAGAGUUUGCAACAAACCAGAAAGGAGAUUCAAGAAUUCUACAGAAAUAUAUUGUUUAUGCAGUUUUGGCAGUUCCAGCAUUCUUCACAGGUUGUGCGAUAUGGCAAUAUGAAAAUGUGAGAGAAAUUUUAAAAAAGCCUGCCAGUCAUAUACACCCAAUGAAGUCAGAGAUUGGGAAACAGAUAGGAUUCCGUGAUAAUUUAAAUGCAAUAUGGAACAGUUUAUCACCAGGGAGAAAAUUAGUAUGGGAGAUGAUAGCAGCUAAUUUUGCUGUAUUUAUGCUGUUUAAAGUCAAGCCUUUGUUUCCUAUCAUGUCAAGAUACUUCAUAUGCUUGCCAACUAAAGCACAUUCAGUACUUGGAUCAACGUUAUCAGCAUUUAGUCACAUAUCAGGGACGCAUUUAUUUGUCAACAUGUACGUUCUCUACUCAUUUAGUGGAACAGUGUGUAAUUUCUUAGGAAAAGAACAAAUGCUGGCCGUGUACCUUGCGGGAGGAACUAUAUCUGGACUUACGAGCAGUAUUUAUCGUGUAAUGAGUGGUAGAAUGAUACCAUCAGUGGGUGCCGGAGCACUUUUAGCUCUUAUAGCGAUCAUUUGCGUAGAAUUUCCAAACGGUAGACUCAGUAUUGCAUUUGUUGACCAGAUCUUUCCUCAUAGUUUCUCAGCAAAAUCAGCACUCAUAGGUAUCAUAUUAUUAGACGUUGUUGGUUUAGCGAUGGGAUGGAGAUUUCUCGAUCAUGCGGGACAUUUAGGCGGCACCUUGUUCGGGUUGUUUUACAUUAAAUAUGGCAGACCUUAUUUUGAUGCCUACAAGCGGGCUCUGAUAAAGAAGUAUCAUACUUAUAGAAAUAAAGAAAAAUAGUAAAAAUAUGUUAACAAAGGAAGACCAGCAACAAAUGUGAUUUACCAAACAAUAGCAACAACAAAAUAUUGAUAUUUGAAGAUGGACAUGAAGAAGAUUUGCUGUGCAUUAUACAGGGUUCGAGUGUCUCGCAAAAUUAAAAACGCAGGUGUAAAUU